ACGUGACCCGGCCCAGGGGACUCUGGCCGCCCUGCUCUCACCUGUGGGGAUGCCCAGCUGCUUGGAGCCGCGGCCGAAGCCCCGCACCACUUGGCCCCGGCAGAAGUAAGGCAGGUGCCUCAUAAUGCAGUGCGCUCGGGGCAUGGGCUGCGGCCCGGUCUGAGCGUCCUGCGGAGCCGCCGUCGACGCGGUGCCCAGACCCGGGACCAGCCGGGGGACAGGAGCGUGAGCUCUGCCUGCCGCGGGGCCGCACCAGGGGCCGGACGAGGCAGACCACACGCCACUGCGAAUCCCUGACGCCGCCGACCCAACAAAUGCCUCCCGGCGCCUGAGGAGCUGCGUCUCCGCAGGAGGGCAGCGGAGACAGCCGAAGCCAGGCUCGGUGGCUCACGCCUGUAUUCCCAGUAGUUUGAGAGGCCGACGCGGGAGGAUUGAUUGAGCCCAGGAGGUCGAGGCUGCAGUGAGCUAUGAUAACGCCACUGCACUCCAGACUGGACGACACAAGUCUCACUCCGUCACCCAGGAUGGAGUGCGGUGGCGUGAUCUCGGCUCACUGCAACCUCCACCUCCCGGGCUCAAGUAAUUCUCCUGCCUCAGCCGCCCGAGUAGCUGGGACUACAGGUGUAUGCCACCACGCCCGGCUAAUUUUUGCAUUUUUAAUAGAGACAGGGUUUCAUCAUGUUGGCCAGGCUGUUCUGGAACUCCUGGCUUCAAGUGAUCCGCCUUCCUCGGCCUCCCAAGAAGGAAGAAUUCUGAUCAUUUUCCACCACUGCUCAAUAGCGUUCAAUGGCUCCUCCCCUCUGACUGAAGAAUAAACCCUCCAAGAGUUGUACUUCUAAGAACUCCCAUCAAGUACUCAAUCUGUUCAUCAAAGCAGACCCCUCCACCUUGCUUCAGAGGCCAAAGAAUAUGCUUCAAAUAAUUCAAAUAAUGAUUCUGUAGGCUAUAGGAUUUACAAUUUUUCUUAUUCAUUUGACUCCAAAAAUAUGCUACCUAGCAUUCUCAGUAAAUCUAGAGUUGAGAGUCUAUGUGUCUUUGCCAAACUUAACUGCUUUUAACCAAGGAAGUAUUCUAAAACAUGCUUUUUAUUUCCCUCUCUGAACUGCACUUGCACAUCCUUUCAUCUGCCUGUAGGGAAAGAGUCCACUUCUCUGGUUUAAGUUGUCUCUGUAGAAAGAAGGAUCACAAAGAAGACUAAAGAGAAAGUAGAACUGGCAGCUUGUGAGGGAAAAGAAGGCUUACUCUAAGUAAGCAAUAAAAAAUGAAUCUGAAGAAUUCUUAAAAUUCAGCAAUAAGAAAAUAAGCAACUCAAUUAAAAAAUGAGCAAAAGAUCUGAAUAAGCAUAUGAAAAGAUGUUCAACAUCAUAUAUCGUGAGGGAAAUACAAAUUAAAACAACAAUGAGAUACUACUAUAUACCAAUUAGAAUGGCCAAAAUUCAGAACACUGACAACACCAAAUGCUGGCAACCAUGUAGAGCAACAGGAACUUUCAUUCAUUGUUGGUGGGAAUACAAAAUGGUACAGCCCCUUGGAAGAUAAUAUGGCAGUUUCUUAUAAAACUAUACAUACUUUUACUAUAUUAUCCAGAAAUUGUGCUCACUUAUAUUUAAUCAAAUGAGGUGAAAACUUUUAUCCACACAAAAACCUAUUUGUUUUUGCUUUCCGCGCUACCUACAGAGGGGUCCAUACGGCAUUGUUCUGGAUUCCCGUCGUAACUUGAAGGAAAACGUUCACAAUGUCUGGAGCCCUUGAUGUCCUGCAAAUGAAGGAGGAGGAUGUCCUUAAGUUCCUUGCAACAGGAACCCAUUUAGGUGGCACCAAUCUUGACUUCCAGAUGGAACAGUACAUCUGUAAAAGGAAAAGUGAUGGCAUCUAUAUCAUAAAUCUGAAGAGGACCUGGGAGAAGCUUCUGCUGGCAGCUCGUGCUAUUGUUGCCAUUGAAAACCCUGCUGAUGUCAGUGUUGUAUCCUCCAGGAGUACUGGCCAGAGGGCUGUGCUGAAGUUUGCUGCUGCCACUGGAGCCACUCCAAUUGCUGACCGCUUCACUCCUGGAACCUUCACUAAUCAGAUCCAGGCAGCCUUCUGGGAGCCACGGCUUCUUGUGGUUACUGACCCCAGGGCUGACCACCAGCCUCUCACGGAGGCAUCUUAUGUUAACCUACCUACCAUUGCUCUGUGUAACACAGAUUCUUCUCUGCGCUAUGUGGACAUUGCCAUUGCAUGCAACAACAAGGGAGCUCACUCAGUGGGUUUGAUGUGGUGGAUGCUGGCUCGGGAAGUUCUGUGCAUGCGUGGCACCAUUUCCCAUGAACACCCGUGGGAGGUCAUGCCUGAUCUCUACUUCUACAGAGAUCCUGAAGAGACUGAAAAAGAAGAGCAGGCUGCUGCUGAAAAGGCAGUGACCAAGGAGGAAUUUCAGGGUGAAUGGACUGCUCCAGCUCCUGAGUUCACUGCUACUCAGCCUGAGGUUGCAGACUGGUCUGAAGGCGUGCAGGUGCCCUCUGUGCCUAUUCAGCAGUUCCCUACUGAAGACUGGAGCGCUCAGCCUGCCACAGAAGACUGGUCUGCACCUCCCACUGCUCAGGCCACUGAAUGGGUAGGAGCAACCACUGACUGGUCUUAAGCUGUUCUUGCACGGGCUCGUAAGCAACAUGGAAAAAUGGUUGAUGGAAAAUAAACCUCAGUUUCUAAAAAAAAAAAAAA